ACAUCAUCAACGGGCGACCUUGGAGCUGCAGUGACGCCGGUUCAAUGGCAGCCCCCACCCAGCUAAGGAAACUAAAAGGAGACCCACUCUCCCAACAGCCUUUGCGGCCGUAGCGCAUAGCCCUCUGGGAACUGUAGUUUCCUUUCUGUCCCGCCUACAGCUCGCGGGCCCCGCCUCCUCACUACCAAGCUAGAAGCUGGAGGCGCGGUGGGGCGGAGCAGCGGGCCGGGACCCCGCUGGGGUGGGGCGAAUCCCGUCCCGGCCGGUUGCCCCGGGCUAGGGCAGAGGUCCAGGCCGAUAGGCCUUCUUGCGGCCGUGCUGCACUUUUGUGCCUUGAGGCUCGCCCUGGAAGCGGGCCUCGAGUUUUUGCCUCGCCCCUCUGCAAGGCUGGUCCCGGGGCUCGCGCGUGUCGCCUCCCCUCAGCGCCCGCUGCCUGGAGUGUCGCUGGCCUUGGUCACCGCCUAGUGGAAUAUAUCUGCAACUUGAAGGAAAGAUAAAGAAAAAAAUCUUCUUCAGAAUAGAUGGAAUUUUGUCACUUUCUGUGAACUAAAGCGAUUCAAUGUCUCUUUUGGAUUGUUUCUGUGCUUCACGAACACGAGUUGAAUCACUCAGACCUGAAAAACAGUCUGAAACCAGUAUCCAUCAAUACUUGGUUGAUGAGCCAGCCGUUUCCUGGUCCCCUCCGUCUGCUGGAGCCAGUGAAGUGAUAUGCUCCACGAAUGUCUCUCACUAUGAACUGCAAGUGGAAAUAGGAAGAGGGUUUGACAACUUGACCUCUGUUCAUCUCGCACGGCACACUCCUACAGGCACACUGGUAACUAUAAAGAUUACAAACCUGGAGGCCUGCACUGAGGAACGUCUGAAAGCUUUACAGAGAGCGGUGAUUUUAUCUCACUUUUUCCAACAUCCCAAUAUUACAACUUAUUGGACGGUGUUUACUGUUGGCAGCUGGCUGUGGGUUAUUUCUCCAUUUAUGGCCUAUGGUUCAGCAAGUCAGCUCCUAAAGACCUACUUUCCUGAUGGAAUGAGUGAAACUUUAAUAAGAAACAUUCUCUUUGGAGCAAUACGAGGGUUGAACUAUCUGCACAAAAAUGGCUGUAUCCAUAGGAGUUUUAAAGCCAGCCAUAUCCUCAUUUCUGGUGAUGGCCUGGUGACCCUCUCUGGCCUGUCCCAUCUGCAUAGUUUGGUUAAGCACGGACAGAGGCAUAGGGCUGUGUUUGAUUUCCCACAGUUCAGCACAUCAGUGCAGCCGUGGCUGAGUCCAGAACUACUGAGACAGGAUUUACAUGGAUAUAAUGUGAAGUCAGAUAUUUACAGUGUUGGAAUCACAGCAUGUGAAUUGGCCAGUGGGCAGGUGCCUUUCCAGGACAUGCACAGGACUCAGAUGCUGUUACAGAAACUGAAAGGUCCUCCAUACAGCCCACUGGAUGUCAGUGUUUUCCCUCAGUCAGACUCUAGAAUGAGAAAUUCCCAGUCAGGAGUAGACUCUGGGAUUGGAGAGAGCGUGCUUGUCUCCACUGGAACUCACACAGUCAAUAGUGACCGGCUCCACACGCCAUCCACAAAAACGUUCUCUCCUGCCUUUUUUAGCUUGGUGCAGCUGUGUUUGCAGCAAGAUCCUGAGAAAAGGCCAUCAGCAAGCAGUUUGUUGUCCCAUGUAUUCUUCAAGCAGAUGAAGGAAGAAACCCAAGACUCCAUACUCUCACUGUUACCACCUGCCUACAACAGGCCAGCAGACAACAGGCCAGAAGACAACAGGCCAGCAGCGGCAUUGCCGCCAGUGUCGCCUUGGAGCGAGCUGGAAUUCCAGUUUGCUGAUGACAAAGACCCAGACUGGGAAUUCUAGGGUUGCCAAAUCAUUUCAUGUCCUCUAUACUUGACAGCCUCUCCUUGCUGCUUGUCUUCUGUCUUGUUAGGUACAAAUGACAAAUCUAUACUUGAAAAUACAGUUGGUGCACUGGAGAACUGAUCAGUUAAACCACUCUGUUCUUGGGCCAUGGAUUUACCCUCUCUGCCCAGAUCAGAGCACCCGCACGACUUCACCAACAGUCACUGCCCUGCUCAGCUAGUGUCAACUCACCCUUCUUCCUUCCCCCAACCUUUUCUUUUCUUUUCUUUUCUUUUCUUUGCUUUUCUUUUCUUUUCUUUUCUUUUCUUUUCUUUUCUUUUUUUUCUUUUCUUUUCUUUUCCACUUCCUAAGCUGUGACUGGUACUUUCUGGAUCUCAGUGAAACUUUUGAGCUGGUUAAUUUUCUUCUACAUUUUUCUGUUCUCUGGGGAAUGAACCCUUCCUCAGAGGACAGUGCUUCCAGAACAUCUUUUCUUCCUGAUUCACUAGCCUUUUUGAUCAGCUAUUGUUAGAUGAACAGGCUGUUUUUUUUCUGGUACAAAGUCCUUUCUUUGGAGAAGGGAAAAUGUUUGUACUAUCCCUUUUACAUAUGGCAACAUCAAACUGAGCCUCGCUCACAUUAAAUAAUUCACUUGAACUAUAAAGAGAAGAUGCAAUUUGCAUUUUAAAAGGGAGGGGUCUACCAUAACACUUUUCUACCUGUGUAAAUUAUAGAUCAUUAAUUCAUGCACCCUGUGGGAGCUCAAUAAAAAUGUUAAAUUGAA